CGGAAUAACUUCAUUUAAUAUUUAUAGCAGUGGAAUUAAUAUUGCAACGAAAUUAAUAAUACCGAUCAGAUACGCAGCUUAUUGCGCACGGAAGUUGCACAAAUCUAUUGAAAUUCGUUUAAAAGCGUUAAAGGUUUUUCGGUUGCCUACUUCCUUCAGCAUGUACAUCAUACACACAAUAUUUUCUAUCACUUUGUUGAUUUGCUUUUGCCAAAAUGUAUUUGUAUUGGCACAACCCGUCGGGGAUGAGCUUAUCACGUGCGAAGAUCAGCUUACAAAAUAUCGUCGCUUUUUACUACAAGCCAUUUUAAGCUUUGAAGAUGUCUGUGACGCUUACGACUCACAUCCACUUAAUCCGCUUGAGGCUUUAUAUAGACAGGACCAACAAGACUCCGGUAACGCGCCGCUUUUCCGUGCACUACAAACGGGCAGCAGCGCCAGUGAGCAACGUAAUGAAAUUUGGGCUUUUUUCAAACUGUUGAUGGCACAAUUUAACGAUAUGGAUUUUGUCAACAUCAUUAAGGAGGCAGUUAUUGAUCGUUGUCGCAUGAAAUCCCAACUGCAGCAUGACGAAAAACGCAACUCCGUUGUAUUGGGUAAGAAGCAGCGGUUCCAUUCGUGGGGUGGUAAGCGCGCACACCUUUCGGCUGACGACAGAAGCAUGGACAUGUUGUAA